CAGAUGGAAUAUGGGAUCUGGAGUCUUCACGCCGCGGGUGAACUUUGGGGUGACCCGCGUCUCGCCCGAAGGCACCCGAUUCUGCCGCCAAGUGCGACGCAGUUGUUACCGAGGGCUGCGUUCGCCCUGAGCGGACUCCACCGACCGGAUAUGGUGCCGUUACCGCUGACGUCAGCCGGGCCCCCGUACGGGCCCAUGGAGCUGGUGACGAAACGGGACGCGGUGAAGAGGGAAGAGGAGGGGGAUGAGGAGAAACGCGACGACAACGAAGGAAACAUCGAAAAAGCUGACGAAAAUGAUAAUCAGACUUCCGUACCAAAAGAGAACAACGACAAUGAAGACGCUGGGGAGGAGAGCGACACCGGAAGUACGAACAGCUCGCACCGUUCGGCCAACAAUAAUUUACCGACGAAGCUGCUCGAUCCGAUGGCCUAUCUGACUUUCGACAAGGAAGGAACAGUUACACCGGUUCUAAAUGGCUGGGUGCUCGGCGCUUACACCGCCAUGCUUGGAAGACUCUCGGCGGCAACCGCGGCCCUCGAGGCAACAGAAAUCCCAAACAUUCCGUCUGACAGUGACUCCGAGAGCGAGCAUUCGUCUUACACCGAAAAAUCUCGAGGUAGCAGUCCAAACGUGAGCAACGCUCAUCGCGGCUAUUCCUGCGGAUCCUGCGAUGUGGUUGCACCAACGAGGCCAGCUCUGCGAAAGCACAUUGUCGACUGCCAUCCGCCUGUACCAAGCGCGGAAACAGGCGAAACGAAAAGUUGUCCGUCCUCGGGCUGUGACUUCACCACGAGUAGCAGAUGCGAGAUGGAGACUCAUGUGGCUGCACACGUGGCACAGGGGAUGACACCCACCGGGAAAAAACGUACCCUGGCAUUGCAACGCGUCAGGUAUAGAUACGAAAGGGAGGAGUAUCGGUGCUCGUUGUGUUCGUACGCCUGCACCAUCGAGAAGGCGUUCCAGAGGCAUUUGAGGGCACACGCGAAAGGCACGGCGCCGGAAACUAGGGUGAGCUGCGCGGUUUGCGGGGCGGAUAAAUCGUCGGAAGUCGAUCUGAGCAGACACAUGAGAAGGCAUCGUGACGACCGAUACUUCUGCUGCGACAUUUGCAUCUUUCGCACGGUACAAUUGAAAAAGCUCAUCCAACACCGACGAAUGCACACGGGCGAGAAGCCGCACCUUUGUCCGCACUGCGCUUACAGGAGUGCACGCCGCGACAAUCUGCGUAGCCACGUAAGACGGGUGCACAAGAAAGAGAAUCUGUAUUGCGACACGUUCAGUCCGCGCGGUAUGCUGUUGACACCGACGAUCGGCAGGGAUACAACGUUGGUGCAGAGCCCGGAACCAUCGCCGUCGUCUAACUCGGAGUCCACGAACUAG